AUGGCCGUCUUGAUCGACCUUCAGGCGCCACCUUCUCACGAAACCUACCGUGUCAAGGCCGUUCCAAACGGAUAUUCGGCUGACAUGCAGCGCAAGCCUGUUCAACAUGGCGAACCCCGCGUUCCCCAAGAGCCUCCAAUAGAGCCGGAGACUAAAGCGCAGGUUAACGACAGCGGCUUAAGCAACAACAGCAGCACCACACAUUUAUUAGGGACCGCCUUAUCCAUCUACCCUAUUGCCGUCGGAGUCGCGUCGCACAUCGACCUCGUUACGCUCGACAGUCUUUCUCGCACCUGCCGCGCCGCCCACGAUGGACUCAUACAAUACCGCAAGGCCUUGAUGGCUUCCACGCUCCGCUGCCACCAAGAUGAGCUGCCCGUCGAUCCCGACGACACCUUCCGUGUCGGCGCUGCUCAAAAGUGGUUUGUCGCUGUCUGGCAAUGGCGUAGCAGGUACAUAGAAGUUGGUGUCACCGAUGGUGAUGGCGGCGUCACAUGCGGCCGCGAGGCCGACUGUUUGGGUGCUAUCGAUACUGAGGUAGAGAUGGACAGCGCCGGUGAAAUUCCGCCUCCACCUACCUCGACGCCAUCUCCGCCCCCUUCGGACCGUGAAAGCCUCGGUGCCGAGCCCCGCUCCGGCUAUAACGUACACCCAUUUGAGGGUGCGGGCGGCUGCGUUACCAACAAGGCCACGGUAAAAGUCCGUGUCGGCGAGAGCGUGCCAGAAUGGCAUGACGAGCGAAGCGCGUCACAAAUCCUUCGUCGUGAGACUGAAGGAAAGGCCCGCAGGUGGUGCGGGUGGUGCUGGAGGGUGCUUCCUGGCGAGGCCGACCUACGAAGAGGGAAGUAUUAG